CGCCUGACAACCGGCUCCGAUCACCAAUGGCACAUCCCAGCGCUGGGAUAUUUGCCCUCGACCCCUCCGUGCAGGGACUUUUGACUUUAAGUGCAUUUAAGGAAGGCUUCGAUCUGCAGGAAUUCAUUACGUCAAUAUCUGACAAGCUUAUACAGCAGUCAAAAGAGGACACAGGGUCGUUUGACCCAGCGCCAUUCAUUCGUACCUUCGAGUCUGCUGUGGACAAUCUCCUAGCUAUCCGGGAAGACGUCCAGAAGAAGAAAGAUGCUUUAGAGGUCAGCGUGCGUGAUGCCGAAAGAGGUUUUUCGCGCAAAAUUAGUGAACUCAACUCAGGUUUUGAGGCUGUAAACAAAUCAUUCAAUAGCAUGCACUCCAAGAUAUCACUUGUCGGGAAGUCAGCCGUCCGGACUGGGGAGACUCUAGAAACGCUUCACGCUUCACGUGAGCGGGCACAUGCUACGCACGAUCUCAUCUCGUACUACCAUCAAUUCUCGUCACUGCCGGGGGAAGAGAACGAUUAUACAACCUCGAGCCGACUGAAGUUGGAUGUAAUGCGCCGAGACGGAGGCAAAGCUGGCCGCCAGAAAGUUGCCGUUAUACUCAGACGGCUGAGUAUUCUAGCUCGCGAAGUCGAUUUACCAAAUGCAGAGCAGACCCGAAAACGCAUUGAAAAGUAUUGCGAACUCUUCGAAAAGGAUAUGCUCAAGCUCUUCGACAAAUCCUACCGUAAGGGUGACCCAAAAAUGAUGGGCCACUGUGCCCAAACACUGCUGGAGUUUAACGGCGGGCUUCUUGCCAAAUCAAAAAUGCUGGAAGAAGUAGACACGCAAGAUGACAGUGAACUAUGGGCUACCCUACCGACCCCGUCACACCCUAUGCCCAAGUCCUCUAAGGUUCUUGUGGAUCUCUUUAAUGAGAUAAGAUUUACUGUUGGGCAAGAGAAUGAAAUCGUACAGGCCGUGUUCCCGCAUCCUGUUCUGGUCAUGGGUGUUUUCUUGCAAAGGGUGUUUGCUCAGUGUAUUCAGCAGUAUAUUGAGCUCUUACUCAAUAAGUCGCGAUCUUUGUCUAAUCUAGCCUACUUGCGCGCAUUGCACCUUUGCCACUCGAGCACUUCCAAAUUGAUCGAAGACCUGAAGUCAACUUACGAUUUCUCUGCUUUGGCAUCCACUUUAAUACAAAAUGUUGGCAGAGGAAUGACAAUAGAUUCGGAUCUACCAACUUCACCAAGCGGAAUCCCUCAAACGGGGUCAGCGAACUCAUCGAGUGGAGCGGCUCAUUUGCUUAGUGGCGGUGCUGGGACUCUGUCCAUCCCAAGUCUACUCGAUACGGCUAUGGAGGAGCUUUUCGUUCCCUAUAUCGAAGGGACCAAAUACAUCGAAAGAGAGAGCAAGAACCUCAACGAGCUGUACUUUGGUGCAGCGUCCGGCGCAGGCUUGUUGGACAAGUUUUCGAAAUGGCAUUCAGCCAGCGCCAGUGGCUCAUCUUUUCCGCUCACUGGGUCGGGCGCAAGUACCGUCGCAUCCAGUGUAGCGUCAAGUUCAAUGAAGCUUCUUGAUCGGUUCGGUGGUUCCGGAACGGCAGCAACAGCCUCGUCUGCUUCUGCCGCCUUCCUUAACAACAUCGGGCGUCAAUGGAGGGGCGCAGUCUCUAGCCCCAGCUCUACUAAUGCUUUGACCGAACCUGAUACCGAUGCCAACAAUGGCAAAGUAGAUGAAGACGCCACUUCCAAAUCAGCAACGGAAGAAGAUGGAAGAUUAAGCGUGGAUCUUGCCGAAACUGUUCUCAAAUGGCACGCCGAGGCUGUCGGAAGAUGCGUGGAGCUUAGCAUUAUCACUGACAUUCCGAAGAAUGCUUUCGCUCUUAUGAAAGUGCUCGCUGAUGCUUUAAUUAAAGGCUACGUUGAAGUGGCAAUCAACGCUGCCAAUGCCGAGCUCGCAGCAAUUCCAUCAAACACAGAACCGCGUCUUAUUUCCCUGGCAACUCUCAAACAAGCAGAUAUGAUUGUGCAUCUUUGGCAGCAAUACGUUGGCAUUGCUUUGUUGCCCCUGUCUCACACUGCGACUAGCGUGACCUUGAGGCGGGAAAUGAUGGUUUACAACAACCAAACCGUUAGCAGAGCGGAAGGGGCUGCUGCUAGUCUGGUGCGGAAGCUCACAGACGUCAUUCAGGCAUAUCUUUCGAAUUCAUUAUCCAAGCAGAAGAAAACAGACUUUAAACCCAAGAAUGAUGACCUAUCGUUUGCGCGUGUCAACACUGAACCGUGCGAACUUUGCUGCGAUACUCUCGAGAAAGUGCGUGAUGCAGCUCGGGAAAAUAUGAGCGGAAAAAACCUUGAAGGCUUUUUAACGGAAAUUGGUGUUGGAUUUCACACCUUGCUGCUUGAUCACAUGAAGAAAUUCCCGGUCAGCGCAACUGGUGGUCUCAUGCUCGCAAAGGAUUUGAAAUCAUACCAGGAUUCCAUCGCUUCGUUCAACUUUCCUUUGCUCACUGAACGCUUUGAGUUCCUUCGACAACUAGGCAACGUUUUCCUGGUCCGUCCGGAGAUUCUCAGGACAUACAUCAGGGAGAACUACCUCGGCCGUAUCGAUCCUGCACUCAUUCGGCCCUACUUAGCAAUGAGAAGCGACUGGAGCGGGCAACUGGAGCGUGCGUGGGACCUGGGCACCGGAUUAAGCGGCGAGACAGUUUCUGAUCCUGUUAAUUCCAAUAUUGGAGUUGCAACCCUGGACCUUCCCUCAUGGGCAAAUCUGAAUCGAAUGAGUUUGGCACGUGGGAUGGAGGGUGUCAACUUGCACGUCCACGAGCUCAAGGACCGACUAUCAGCAAGUGGUGUUAGCCAUAGACUGAGCGGAAUGAUGAAGGAUUUGGAAAGUCUGAGGCUGCGGGCUGGCGCGAACAGAGGUUCGCCAUCCACAACUUCGCGCUAUCCAUACGCAUGAUUGUUCUCAUACGUAUGCAGCUAUCGUUCGACAAAUGCCUAUACAUGUAUUGCUAUCAGAUAAGCGGCUACGAUUCGCGCUCACUUUAAAAUGCAUUUGUAUUGUGACCGAC